UCCGUGCGGGACGCGGCGCCGCUCGCUCGGUCCUGCGGGGCUCCCGCGCCCCCCGCGCCGGCCCCGCCGCGCCUCCGCCGCGCCGCAGAGCCGAGAGGCAGAGUUUGGUAUGAUACCAUGGAAGGGCAGCACAACCAUCCUCAUCAUCUAGGGGACCAGAACAACCCUCUGUGCAAGCUGCCGGGGCAGGAAUUCCAGCAUGAUCCUCAGAGACAUUUAACGUCGUACCCGUAUCGCUGCACCUUGGCAGAUUUUCAGAUUGAGAAAAAGAUCGGACGAGGCCAGUUCAGCGAAGUUUACAAAGCAACUUGUCUUCUGGACAGGAAACCCGUGGCACUGAAGAAAGUGCAGAUUUUUGAAAUGAUGGAUGCCAAGGCAAGGCAAGAUUGCAUUAAAGAAAUUGACCUCUUGAAGCAACUGAACCACCCCAACAUAAUUAAGUAUUUGGAUUCUUUCAUUGAAGACAAUGAACUCAACAUUGUCCUGGAGCUGGCUGAUGCUGGGGAUCUCUCUCAGAUGAUUAAGUAUUUUAAAAAGCAGAAACGGUUAAUCCCGGAAAGGACGGUGUGGAAAUAUUUUGUGCAGUUAUGCAGUGCAGUGGAACACAUGCACUCCCGCAGGGUGAUGCACAGAGACAUAAAACCAGCCAACGUGUUUAUAACAGCCACAGGGGUGGUGAAGCUGGGAGAUCUUGGAUUAGGCCGGUUUUUUAGUUCUAAAACCACUGCAGCACAUUCCUUAGUGGGAACUCCCUACUAUAUGUCCCCAGAGCGAAUACACGAGAACGGCUAUAACUUUAAGUCUGAUAUCUGGUCUUUGGGCUGUUUAUUGUAUGAGAUGGCAGCUCUGCAAAGUCCCUUCUAUGGAGAUAAAAUGAACCUGUUUUCUCUUUGCCAAAAAAUAGAGCAAUGUGACUACCCACCUCUUCCAGCUGAACAUUAUUCUGAAAAGCUGCGGGAGCUGGUCAGCAUGUGCAUAUACCCCGACCCAGAUCAAAGGCCUGACAUCGGUUACGUGCACCAAAUAGCCAAACAAAUGCACGUGUGGACCUCGAGCACAUGAGCCGGGAGCCAGCACAGCUCAGUCUUACUUGAAUUCUUUUUCUCAGCUGAAAGCGACUGGUGCCAGGUCACACAGGUGGGAGGUUGAGCACUCGCAGCAGAGGCUCCAUCAUUUGCAGGUUAUUUGACAAGGACUCUUACAGGUGGUUGUGCUUUAACGUGAAGAUUCUGUGAGGUAUUGCAAGUGAUUCUUUUUAUUUUUUAUUUUUAAGGCAAAUAAUGUUACGGAUGUAGAUCAUUUAAGGGUCCUUUCUUAAAACUGUCGUGUGUAAUCUAGGAUAGCAGCUAUUACCGAGGGCUCAGCGUUUGCCAGACCUUCUAUCUUAACUGUAAUGUGAAAUAUUGAAAUAAUUCCUUCAGUGAAAUCACUUUAUACUAAUGUAAGGAUUACCAUAGAUUUUGUGUAAUUUGUAUAACUGCUACUUUGCCUCUUCUGCAAAUGGUUAAUAGCAAAUUCAGUUUUUACUUGGUAUAUUUUAAAGUAGCCAUUUAUGUUUUUAUUAAUUUCCUCCUCUUCAGACUUAGGAACUGGGAAGGGUUGGGGGAGUGGGAAACCCUUUUGUUUCAUGAUUUUUUUUUUAAUUGAAAACUUAAAGAGUAUUUUGCUGACGCAUUUCUCUGUCAGAGAUAAGUUAAACAUGAGCCUGGAGAAAAGAAGAUAAACAUGACAAGCAAACCCCUGCCAGCCUUGCUCCUGCAGAGAAUUGCUCCUUUCCCUCACUUUUCCCUUUUGGAAUGGCUCUUCUUCACCUCCAGGUUCCUGUUUAAAACCAGUGUUUAUCAAAGCCAACUCAGUUUUGGUGCAGAGACUUUUACAUGUUCAAUAGUACAUUGGGUACUAUCGAUGGAACUUCAGCAGUGUUUUAAGCACUUGGAGAAUUUUUAAAAAAUAAAUGAAAUGCUUUGUGUAUGGAA